UUGGGGGCGGUUUUAGUGCCAGUUUUGUGUUUUUCGUUUGGUGGAAUUGGGUCAGAUUUGAGUUUGGCGCGCGUAGAUGUCGCUGGCGUCGGUUGAAUCGUGUCAUGUCGUGAAGCGCCAAAAAAGCGUCUUGUCGCUGUUUCGUGCGUUUUUCGGGCCGGUUUUCGCUCGUAGCGUGCGUUUAAAAACGGAUGUGGAAUUAUUGCGGGUGUUUCAACGGUUUGGGCGCGUUGGAUUUGUUACGUAAUGCGUUUUGGUUGUUGUUUUGUCUACGGCGGUGGUUGAGUCCUUGACUGAAAUCUCGCGUUUGCUCUGUAUCAAGUCGCCUAUGGUUGUUGUGAGUGUAAUCGAAUAGAGUGCGUUGUUUGGUGUAAAGUCGCGUCGCCAUUGUUGUAAAAUCGUUGUAAAAUCGUCUUUGGAGGCGGAAGUGGUGCUGGCGAUGUGUUGGUGAUCGAUUUCCGGCGGUGGUUUGGCGUCACGUGCGAGUGGUUGUGCGGGGGGCGCAAUGGGGGAGCUGGCCGGCGACUAGGACUGGAGCCCCGUUUUUGGAUGAAUGGGAUUGCGCACGGCGUCGGCGAGGCGGCCCUAUGCGGAGGUCAUGGCCCCAGCGUUGACGGAGACCAGCGGCCAGAAGCAGAGCUUCACGUUGCCCCCUAAGUACCUCGCCCCCGAGUGCUCGGACUGUGACAUUAUGAGUGACCAAAACAUGGGCAUACACCACAAAACGACAACCAGCCUGGACCUAACCUCGCCCCAGGACGUGGACGACCUCAUGCAGGUCAUCAAAUCCAUACCGGAGGAGGAUAUGGCCAUUGAGAAUCUCCUCACCGAUGACGAUGUUAUGAAUAUGUCGAUUGAUGACCCCAAGGAAACACUCACCGAUUUGAAGACCAAGCAAAAUCGGAUCGAAAGACGACUGGAUUUUCUCAGAAGGAAGAUCAGGAAGUUGCAAGCGAGGAAUAUGGGACAGCAUGUUGCGGGGGAAGUUGCUGGGGUCUACGAGUACGUCCACAGGUCGCUCAAGCGCCUCAAGGACAACACGCACCUGGAGGAAGAGAAGCCCCAGAUGAAGCCAAUGUCGUCGGCGUCGACCAAAACCAUGUUAAAAAAACUGGAAAUGGCGGCUGUUCUUCAAGCGAAAAAUGCAGCACGUCAAAGACAUACACCGAAAUAUUUCGGUUCGGGUUCGUGUGAACCGGGAAAUCACCGAUUUCCCGCACCUGGUGUUGUAAAUGUGCCAACGUGGCCAAUGGAAAAUAAACUUGAAUUACAAAAAGUGACCGGUCUUUUACAAACCGAAUUAAAUCUAGUGCAACAUGAAGUUGAUUCAGAAGCCACCGAGAGUAGUUCGGGGGGUGAAAGUUGUGAUGAGAUGCAGAGUUAUAAUAAUCCGCAUCAGCAGUACCUUAGUAUACAAAAACGUGCAUUAUGGAAAUACGCUUCUCAACGUGCGGCCAUCGCCUCACGCUGGACCUGGCUUCAAGCCCAAAUCUCCGACUUGGAAUACCGUAUACGUCAGCACGGCGACAUCCAGCGUCAAAUUCGCGCAUCAAAGGGCGAAAUUCAACUCGGCGGCGUAAGUCCGCCGCCGCCGCCAACAUCUCCGACGGCGGUGAACGGCUACCGCGGCCAAUUGCCAGGCAGUUCGCCGCUGACGUCGAAGAGCGAAGACGUCGUUCCGACGACGCCGAACGGCGCCCACCCUGAAUACGAAUGCGCCCGAACGCGCCCUCUCGUCAACUUCAAGAAGCGAAAACUGUUGCAAUUGAACGGCUUGCAUGUGAUUUCGAAAAAGGCGGCACGUCCGGCGUCCGUGCGCUGCGGAUGCGUGAAUACGACGGCGCCGUGCGCCGUUUGCACGGGACGCACGGAUCCGACGCAUCCGCGCGAUCCCACGGAAGCGCUAAGCAAACCGGAACGCAUCGCGUUGGUCGAUCCGGGUUUUCAUCCGGUUUUUUCGAUGCCGGAAGACGCAUCAUACGCUGUACAUUGCGAAGCGAUCAUGAAAAAUCCCGAAUGGCAACAGCGCAGCACCCGAAUGAAAUCUCUCAAAGUUUUGAAUAAGGAUAGAUCUGACAAGUCUGUGUUGGAACACCACCACCGAUCGAAGAAAAUCGACCAUCGAAAGAAAUACAAUCGUUUAUUGAAACCGAGCACCAUGUCGGCACUCUCCGCCAAGAUUCGGAAUAAGAUUCGGGGACGUAAAAGUGGACGACACUCGACUUCGUCUCUGACGAGUUUUAAGAAGCGUCCGCUGUUAAGUGGCGGCGAUGGAGCGGACGAAGAAGUCGAGUCUAUUGGUAAUAAUAGUGCGACAGGGGCGGCGAAUUCGGCGGUGGGUUCGCCGAGUUCGUCACCGUUGCUUCAUAUGCAAGCUAUAUCGGGUUAUAAUCGACGGAAUCGGGCGAAUUCGUACGAUAUCGACAAUAUUGUUAUACCGUAUAGUGUGGCGGCGGCGACGCGGGUCGAAAAGUUACAGUACAAAGAGAUUUUGACACCAAAAUGGCGGAUAGCAGACAUUGAUUUGAAAUGUGAUACGAAAAAUAACGGAGCUGUUAGAAACCCUAGUCAAGAUAGCGAUAUGGAAGAUCUCUCUGAGGAGGCGGUGCUCGCACGCCACGAAAAAUCCGAAUACGAAGAAAAGAAAAAGUUUCUCAGUUAUCUGAAACUGCCGAGUGGUCACGGCCGUAGCCGAGCCCACAAACGAACGGAUAGUUUAGCCGAAUCGAGCGGUGCGAACACACCCGAUCCGUUAUCGCCGCAUCCGGCGGAAACGGCCGAAUCGCCGUUGACGUCACCUCCAGCCACGCCCCUUCCCGAAGAGCUCCCCUCCAUCAGUGCGAUGCGUCGUCGGACGAUUUCGCAGUCACGUGUCGUUCCGACGACUGUGGCACGAGAGGAGAACAAUACGCCGGAAAAUGUCGAAGUGGCGCCGUUUGACACACGAACGUUUCCAUUGGACGACGAAACGUACGAGAAGAUGCUUAAAAGUAUGCCGGAAAAUCACCAGUUUAAGACGAAUUAUCGCGCGCAGGAUUGUGAUUAUUUGGACGAGAAGGUGGACUCGCCCGGGAGCGAGUCCACCGAGUCGGCGCUGGGCGAAGAGGACCCGAACGAUCCCGAGUGGGUGGACAUGGAGAGGGUUAGAGACAGGCAUAAGAGAUAAUUUUUUUUUCGGUUCAUUUUUUUGAUAAAGCUUGGGAUUUUGUAUUACGAGGUCUGUGAUUGUCAUUACAUUACAUGUGAGAUACGUCAAUACAGUUGUUGCUUUUUUAGUAUUGUAAUGUAUUUAAAAAUACAGAAUUCGAAGCUUACGUGCUAGGUUCAGUUGACAUAAUUUGUAAUAUAAUCAUAAUUUAAGUAAUUUCUUUUUGUACUGUUGCAGAGUCUAGUUCACUUGAUUGUAACAUGACUGGUUAGACUAGUUACUAAUUUUAACUGUACUUUUGUUACUGAAUUGGUAGUUAUGUUACUUUUUUGAUGUCAAGUACAACCCAGUGACUUGUUAUAUGAAAUUCUAUUGUAAAUAAAGCAGUGCAAAUAUUUGUUAUAGAGAUAUUUUCGAAAUCAUUUGCAUUUUUUUCGUUUUUAUGAGAAUUAUUCAAAUUGUACAUGCUCUUCAUAAGAGACAAAUAUGUAUCAUAUUAUUAUUAAAGUGUUUAUUGUAAAGCAAAUCGCGUUAUAUCUUUGCAAGUAUUCACCAUGUAGUUACUUCCUGUAGUAUUGUACGUUUUUAUAUGCAGAUGUAUUGAUUGAAUAAAGUCCAAUCUGCUUAUUUUUACACUUUA